GCUGUCACCGGUGACUACCUUUCAGGCGUUGCGUACCGGGUGGGGGUCCCGCUUGAGAAGCUGCUGCUGGACAACCUCGAAUCCCUCAAGGACCUCGACAAGCCCCUGGCCGGGAAGCAGCUGGCGGUGUGCGCUAAGGGCGUGACGCCGCCGACGCAGGGCGCGGCCCGCGACCCCGCCUCCGCCCCGGCCCCUGCCCCUGCUCCAACACCCGCCCCAGGCCCCGCGGCCGCGCCUGCGCCGGCGAAGCCAUCGCAAACGUACCCGCGCGCAACGCAGCUGCAGGCGCUGCUGGGGUUUAAGGCGGCCGUGGACCCUAAAGGGAGACUGGCCUCAUGGUCGGCCAACCAGGGCGCCGGCACAGAGUACUGCAGCUUCAAAGGUGUCACAUGCGACACGCGUAAGAGCGUAGCCAGUAUCAAGCUAACGGAAAGAGACCUCGGUGGCACGCUGCCGUCUGCGAGUGUUCUCGCGGGCCUGCCAGCGCUGACGGAGCUCGACCUCUUCUCCAACCAGAUCAUCGGGACCCUCCCGCCCGAGUGGGGCUCCCUGGCCCAGCUGGAAACUAUCAGCCUGGUGGGCAACGCAAUCACUGGCCCACUGCCCCGCAGCUGGGCGGGGCUGAAGCGGCUCAGGACUCUUUUCCUCAGGUGA